AUGUCCAACAACGAUUAUAUCAAUAACGAAUGUGGUCUUGAAGCUAGAAAUGAGACCCAUGAGACCAAGGAGAAUUUGACUCGAGCUACGCUAUCAAGUUUGCGUAUUGGAAGCAUUGUUCUCUCGAUCUUCUCUUUGAUAUUUUUGAUCAUCUCACUUGCCGCACCUUGGUACUACACUUAUAGCCUCUACUAUUACAAUAGAGAUACGUCACUGGAAGUAACCAACUUUUUGGCGUAUGCUGAUUCGACUUUCAUUACCAAGCAAUCAAUUGAGAAAAUCAAGAUUUGGAGGAAGCCAGGCAGUGUCUUCAACCAAUUUCUCUGGGCUCUCUCAUUUAUGACCAUUGCACUCUUCCCGCUGGUGGCCUCUAUUGCAAUUGAUUUCAAGCGCCCGUCCUCAAAGAAACUCUCACUUAUCCAAUUCCUGACUACUUCACUUGCAAUGUUCCUGACGGCUCUGGCCUGGUUUGUGUGGAUCGGAGUCACAAUGGAGAGAAACGGAGGUUCCCUGUCCUACGCGUCCUACCACACAAUCCAAAGUGUGGUAGGAAAGCCCAUGUGGGGAAUUUGGAUUGGCCUGCUCGCUAUGAUCGCAUUGGUCAUCACUAGCGUCCUCAGGGGACUAAUCUAUAGAGGCAUGCCGAAGAUAAUAACUGUACACCCAGGCAGUGGCCAUAUCCAGGUCAUCCAGGGCACCCCAAUGACCAACCUAAACCAGCCACAGUCACAGUACCAGCAGAUCACUGUGGCUGUUCCACCCAACGUGGUCGUGGACGCCCAGCAGAUGUACCGUCUGAACCUCSAGAAAUCAACCUUACCCUUACCCUACACUAACCUUGCCCUUGCCCUUGCCCUUGCCCUUUCCCUUGCCCUAACCCCAACAAAUGUGUAG